CUCUCUCUCUCUCUCUCUCUGCAUAUCGCAAAAUUGCCCUCCUCCUCCUUUCGGAUCCUUCCUCCACCUCCCCAGCCGAUCCUUCCCACCACCGCCACCCCGUUUCAAGUUGGAGGAGGGAGAGUCCGGAGGAAAGGAGACCAGAAAGGAGUCAAUGUUUUUGCAGCCGCCUGCAAAUCCUGCGGUCAGUUUCCUGGUCCGUUUCCACGCUUCCCUUGGGGAUCCUGCUUCGGCUUCCUCUCUCCGUGUUAAGAUUGUUUGCAAGUUUAUCAGGGGAGGGAGAGGGCAGCUUGCGAUGAUAAACUGCCCCCUAGUGUUGCGCGUGUAGCUGCUGGGCUGGGCGAGGGGGCUGGGCGGGAAAGGAACUUCCUUAAACCUGGGAAAGUCCUCCGUGCUUUGCGCUCCACUUCCCAAAUCCCCCACCCCGCUUCCUACAGCACAAGGAAAAAGGAAGUUUAAGAAAAAGUUUUCUCCUGUGCACGCGCACACACCUGGACUCGAGAAGAAAGGAAACAGCGGAAGGAGAUGGAAUAAAACGGUGCAAUCUCUGGUAGGGGUUUUUUUUUUAUUGUUGGGGCUUCUUUCAAACCCCAGCAGUUUCUAGCUGGGAAGAGAUGAGCUUGCCCUUUGCCCCAGCCUCUAUUCCUUCUCACUGACUAUGAGGAUUGUUAAGCCAGCCUGGUCCUGUAAAGAGAAGAGGAAAAGGAAGGAGCCUCCUCCAUCUGGGAGAAUUUAAAGAAAGACCAUUAUUAUUAUUGUUAUUUCAACGGACUGGCCGUUCGGAAAGAGGGCAAGCUGCUGUUCUUGGGUGCUCACAAAAACUCGGACCAGAUGGUACAGCGGCGAAGAAAAGUAAAAAAAUAAAUCCUUUGGCAAGGAAGCUCCCGGGAUGGGGACUGGGCUGUGCACCAGGAGGCAAAAGGGCCUCUUGCAAACUGGGUUUUGCCUAGUGGCCGUGGCCUGCCUGGCAUCCGGAGCUUUCCUGUACAACCACCUCCAGCAGAAGGUGAAGUCCGCAGAAGCCUUGGCUUUGAAAUACAAGCAGCAACAGGAGGUGCUUUCGGCCCAAUUGCAAGUUGUUUACGAACACAGAUCACGGCUAGAACGAUCCUUGCAGAAAGAACGAGGGGAACACAAGAAAACAAAAGAAGAUUUUUUAGUCUACAAGUUAGAAGCUCAAGAAGCCCUCAACAAAGAAAAGCAAGAUUCCAUGAACAGAUAUGGAGCCCUGAGCUCACAGCAUAAGAUCCUGAAGAAUCAGCACGAAGAUGUCAAGAAGCAGCUUCUCGACCUGCAGAUGCAACACAAUGGGCUGAAACUGGAACACCGCAAGAUAACAGAGACCCACAACCAGAAGUACUCCCAGCUGCAGAGGGAGAAGGAAAGCGAGGUGGGAGGUUUGCAAGGUGAGUGCAGGAUCCUGCAUUCGCAGAGAGGAUGGGAGAAGUCAGCAGCAGAGAUUUGGGUCUCCUCCUCCAGCUCCAGAGAUAGGGUCAUCCACCCCACUCUCCCCAUCACCCCUUUCCCAUCAUCAAGGGCCGUCUUCUGGUGCCACACAAUAGCCCUUCUGUUAGUGUGGUAG